UGACCGGAUGGUUGAUAAAAAGGAUGCAGAGCUUGAGGAGGUAAAGAAGAAAGAGAUGGACGCAGUUACCCAAGUGAAAUCACUGGUGUUGGACCUUUCAAAGCAUAAAACAGAAAGUGAUGAGCUGAAGAAACUGCUGAAGACAGAAACAACAGAGAAGGAAUCUGCCACUGAAUCAAUCAGAACACCAAGUGAAACAUCACUGAGGACCAAGCACAUUUUCACUGAAGACCUGAAAACACCAGGAAGAGUUACAAACAGAGUCGGCGGCACAUCAAAGAUGAAGUUGUACAGAAUCAGGACUCCUCCUUCUGCUGAAAAGGCAGCACAGUGGGGCAAGAGCACCAUUGAGCUUGAUCCCAGGUCUGACAGCUCUGAUCAGAAUGAUCUCCUGAGCUUUGUAAAUGCACCCGAGCUGAAUAUUUCUGCUCCACGCUGCAAACUCAACAUCUUCAAAAAGCUUCAGAGCCCGGCCACUCAUAAAUCACCAGGGAACUCCUUAAAGCUGGCUGCAAUGAAAAGGAUGAGAGAUGCUGGCUGGACUGCUGUCACUGGCUGUGACAGAAAAAAGAAGAAGACCACUGAGAAGAUCUUUGCAUAAGUAGUGCUGUUACAGAUCACAUAAACUGUGGUAAUAACAUGAGACAGGUAGGCGUUUAUAUUCUCACUGGCUUUACAUUUAGUGGUAAUACUGUUCUGUAUCAUAUAUAGAAAUUACAGACUUUUUUCUUCUUUGCAUAGAAAGUGUUGCUGCAGGUCAAAUAAACACUAUUGUUAGUGGGGAGGAUUUCAGUGUUCAAGUUGUAAGUUUUAUGGUGGCAGGUUUAAGGCUGUUUUCAGGUGUUUGUCUAGAUUUGAAAUGACUGUAGUGUGACCAAAAAAAUCCAUUUGUUGUAGCACUGUUGUAUGAAUUACAUAUAUUUAUGCUAAAAACGUCUUUGACAAAAAAUGACCAAUGACCAGAUCUUUGCUUGAGUAGUUACACAACAGAUAAACAGUGAUACUAUUAGACAAGCUUAAGUGUGUGUAUUCUCAGUGGCUUAACAUUUAUGGAUGAUAUUGUCAGAGCAAAUAUAUUAAUAACAACUGUUUUUGGUUUUUUUUUGGCAUGCAUAAAAACACGAACACAUGUCAGCAGAACAGUUUGUUGAUGGACAGAUUUCAGUGUUUAACGUUUUUAGAAAGAUUGUUUUCAGGUCUGUGGGUAAAUUUGAAGUGACAGUAGUGUCACCCACAAGACUGUUUGUUGAAGUGCUCUUGUAUGGGAUUAUUUCUUUAUUGGCAUCCACGCUAAAUGUAAUUAAUUCUGCAUAAGUUCAUAUUGUUGCUGUUCCAAAAGGUGAAGUAGUUUUACAGUAUAUUAUAUCUCAUUGUUUUUUUGGUAUCCUAGUAUUGAUACAAGUAAAUGUUUAAAUCAG